AUAGGAAAUCUUAAAGAAGUGGCAAUGAUAUUUACUUCCUUUUAAAAAUAUUGACGACAUAUCAGUCAAAGGAAAUAGCCAUUACACAUAAUUUGAAGAGCCUGAGCCGGACGUUGUUACAAUGUUAGAUGUAAAUAUUCGUCAACGUUCUUUAAAUGUUAAUUUCUGUCACCUUAAUUCAAAAUCCUAAUGCAUCACUGGUUCUUUUGCACUCUUGGAUUGAGAUUCGUUAGAUAAGGAUAUACCAUAAAGCUGUUUCUCCACAGGAACAGUAAACAUGUACUUCAAAUGUAUCAUUAUAGUACACAUUGUAUGGUUAGGCUUUAGUGCAGCUUUUCCUAAUUUAGCCACUUAUGGUACAGCAAUUCAAAGUAGUGUUUACUCGGAUUCUAAAAAUAGUUAUGAUGCAUCGAGAGUAAUUGAUGGAAAUACAAAUCAACUUUUUACUGCGAGAAGCUGUUGUCAUACUGCUGUUGGUCAGUCGUCAGCAUGGUGGAGACUGGACCUGGGAUCUCCAGCAUACAUACAUAGAGUUGUAUUAUAUUAUAGAAAAUAUCAAAAUGAUAGGCUCAGAGGAUAUUAUCUAUACGUAUCGGACUCAUUUAGUCAAGGAACUCCAAACUAUGGACAUCUAUGCUAUCACUACCCACUGAAUAGUGAACUGCCAACCUCAAUACAAAAUAAAACUUGUGACGUUAUUGGUAGAUAUGUAGUGUUCUAUAAUGAAAGGAAUCGAGAGGAUCAGGCUUUCGUUGAACUAUGCGAAGUAGAAAUCUUUGGCUGUUACGUAGGACGAUAUGGAUCCCAGUGUGAAUUUGCCUGUUCAGACAAUUGCAAUGAUGUGACGUGUAGUAUUUGGGAUGGAUCAUGUACAUCAUGUAAAGCAGGCUUCACAGGAGAUCGAUGUGAUCAAGUAUGUGGCAAAGGAACUUACGGGAUGAACUGUUCCUUGUCCUGUGGCAAUUGCAAAAGCGAGUCUUGUAAUCAUCGUACCGGAGUAUGUCCGAUAGAGGGCGGUUGUAAACCAGGGUAUCAUGGUUUAAAAUGCAGUGAAGGCUGUAAUGCUAGUACCUAUGGUGAGAGUUGCCGGUUGGAAUGUCGCUGUCUGGGCGGGAUUGCCUGUAAUAACGUGAAUGGUCAAUGUCCUAAAGGAUUGUGUGAACUGGGAUGGGAAUCAAAUACUUGUAGUGAAACAUGUGGUAACGGAAAAUAUGGGAUUAACUGUUCCUUUUCCUGUGGCAAUUGUAAAAACGAGUCUUGUGAUCAUCGUACAGGAGUAUGUCCGAUAGAGGGCGGUUGUAAAGCAGGAUAUCAUGGUUUAAAAUGCAGUGAAGUAUGUGACAAAGGAACCUACGGAAUUAACUGUUCUAUGACCUGUGAAAAUUGUAAAAACGAGUCUUGUAAUCAUCGUACAGGAAUAUGUCCGAUAGAUGGCCGUUGUAAAGCAGGAUAUCAUGGCUCAAAAUGUAGUGAAGGCUGUAAUGCUAGUACCUAUGGUGAGAACUGCCAGCUUCAAUGUCACUGUUUGGAUAGCAAUGCGUGUAAUAACGUGAAUGGUCGAUGUCCUGAUGGAUUGUGUGAUUCCGGAUGGAAAUCAAACACUUGUAGUGAAAUAUGUGACAAAGGAAAAUACGGAAGUAACUGCUCUAUGUCAUGUGACAAUUGUAAAAACGAGUCUUGUAAUCAUCAGACAGGAAUAUGUCUGACAGAGAGCGGUUGUAAAGCAGGAUAUCAAGGUUUAAGAUGUAGUAAAGGAUGUACGCUUGGUACUUAUGGGCCAAAUUGUCAAGAGAUUUGUGAUAACUGUAAAGAUACAGAAUGCAACCAGUUCAAUGGUACUUGUACGCAUGGAUGUUCUGCUGGAUGGAAGGGUCGCAAGUGUAAAAAAGUUUGUGGUCAAGGAGCAUUUGGACAGAACUGUCGUCAAAAAUGCACAAAUUGCAAAACCGACAACUGCAACCGUUUCAAUGGAGAUUGUAAUCCAUUGGGAAUAUGUAAAUCAGGAUGGAAGGGCCCAGGGUGCAAACAUGCAUGUGACACAGGAUCCUACGGCAUAAACUGUUCUUUGUCCUGUAGCAACUGCAUAAAUGAGUCGUGUGAUCAUCGGACAGGAAAAUGUCAUAUAGAUGGCGGUUGUAAAAUUGGAUAUCAUGGUUCAGAAUGUAGUGAAGCAUGUGACACAGGAUCCUACGGCAUAAACUGUUCUUUGUCCUGUAGCAACUGCAUAAAUGAGUCGUGUGAUCAUCGGACAGGAAAAUGUCAUAUAGAUGGCGGUUGUAAAAUUGGAUAUCAUGGUUCAGAAUGUAAUGAAGCAUGUGACACAGGAUCCUACGGCAUAAACUGUUCUUUGUCCUGUAGCAACUGCAUAAAUGAGUCGUGUGAUCAUCGGACAGGAAAAUGUCAUAUAGAUGGCGGUUGUAAAAUUGGAUAUCAUGGUUCAGAAUGUAGUGAAGCAUGUGACACAGGAUCUCACGGCAUAAACUGUUCUUUGUCCUGUAGCAACUGCAUAAAUGAGUCGUGUGAUCAUCGGACAGGAAAAUGUCAUAUAGAUGGCGGUUGUAAAAUUGGAUAUCAUGGUUCAGAAUGUAGUGAAGCAUGUUCCUCGGCACAUUUUGGGUAUAACUGCGCAGAAACAUGUACUGGAUGUUUGGAUGACGAUUGUGAACCAUUUUCUGGUAAUUGUACCAAACAUGGAUGUCGAAAUGGUUAUACAGGAUAUAGGUGCCAUCUUCGAGAAACUUUGCCUCCUUUAAAAAUCGACAAGACACAGUGGAUAUUCAUUGGAGGAGUUGUUGGGGCAGUUUUGGUUGCCAUUGCAGUUAUAUUGGUUGGAGUAUUAAUUUGCAGGUCAUAUUCCAAUGAUACAUUUGAAAGUCCACAAUAUGCACAGGUAGAAAAAGAAAAUCAAAUGACAUCUAAAGGAGUGAUGGUUGAGUUAGGAAAUGUUUCAUCGUCAGAAGAUUCGGAUACCAAUGACAACAGACCUGAUAAUCUUUAUCUAAAUACAGAGUCAAAUGAUGCUGACAAUUUAUAUUCAAAUACAGAGACAAAGAACUUAUUUUCAGAAUACAAUAUUGCAGUUGGCAGCUUACCGAGCGUUGCAAAAAUGAAAAGGAAAAAUAAUUCAUUUAAAAAAGAAUAUGCUAUGCUACCAAAAGGUUUAAAAUUUCCAUAUUCAGAGGGUGAAAAGGAAGAAAACAGCAAGAAGAACAGAUACCUGACGACAUUUCCCUACGACCACUCAAGAGUUCAACUGGAUAUGUAUGAUGCCAACACAGACUACAUUAAUGCCAAUUAUAUAAAGAACUACAGCAAUGACAAGGCGUAUAUUGCAACACAAGGACCUAAGAAGAAUACCUUAAGUGACUUCUGGCAUAUGAUUUGGCAAGAAAACGUGGACACAAUUAUAAUGGUCACAAAUUUAAUGGAAGGUGACAAGAAAAAGUGUGAUCAAUAUUGGCCAGAGUUAACACAUAAAAAAGUUGUAAUUGGUGAAUUCACACUCCAAAUGUUAGAGGAGAGAGAAAAUACAGUAUACAUUUAUCGCAGUAUACAAGUGACAUGUGAACACACCGACAGAAAAAUUCAGCAAUUUCACUUUACAAAGUGGCCUGAUCAUGAUGUGCCAGACAAAACUAAUUUAGUGAAUUUCUACCGAAAGGUGAAGUCGAUGCCAAGUAAUGGAUCUGGUCCGAUGGUAGUUCACUGCAGUGCUGGGGUUGGCAGAACUGGCACAUUCAUAGCACUUGACGCACUAUAUGAACACGGCAAAGCUACUGGGUUUGUUAAUAUUAUGGAAUACACACAUAUGAUGAGACAAGACAGAAUGAAUAUGAUUCAAACUGUGGAACAAUAUGCUACAGUGUACGAUGUUUUGGUAGAGGCUUUUACUGUACCUCAAUCUGCUAUUCCUAAACAAGAUUUUUUGAAUAUUUUGGAUUCAAGACUUAUUAAAAGGGAGUUCCAAAAAUUACAGGACUUAAAACCUGUAAUUGAGUCCAAUAAAUUCCUAGCGGGCAAACUAAAAGAAAAUGUUCCAAAGAAUGCAGUUCAAAAUCUUUUACCACAUGAUGAUUACAGGCCAUAUCUAAUGUCGUAUGGAAGAUCUAGUAAUGAUUACAUAAAUGCUGUGAAGAUACCAAGUUUCAGAGAGGGAAGACAUAUAUUUGUAACACAGUACCCAUUACAAAAUACUAUCGGUGAUUUAUGGUCCCUGGUAUAUGACAAUGAUUGCAGAACCAUGGUUAUUUUAGAUGAGUUAUUUGAGGAUGUCAUUCCGGAAAGUACUUCCCACAGAUUCAGCAACGAUAACUUCAUUAUAAGCAGAAUUUCGUCAAAUACUCUUCAAGAUAAAGUAACGAUUUCACUAAGACACAAGAACAAGAAAGAAGAAAGAUCUAUAACUGUUUUUGUUUAUAACGACUGGGAAGAUACUAACAUGAUACCUAACUCAACAAAGACUAUGAUUGAUUUCACGGAAAUUGUUUCAAGGACUACACGUCAAGAUAGGGAAUCCCUAGUCGUCAUUUGCAGGGAUGGUUGUACGAGAUGUGGAAUAUAUGUCACUUUGGACUUAGCUUUAGAGAAAAUGGAAAUAGAUGAAGAAAUUGACAUCUUACAAGUCGUUAGACGAAUUCAAACUCGGCGGCCUCAAUUUUUGUCAAAUAUUGAGCAAUUUGAAUUUUGUUAUUAUGCUCUUAGGGAAAUACUUGACAGUGAGUCAGUGUAUGCAAAUUCAGGAAACCUGCUGUCAGCAUACAGAUGAGCAGUUUGAUUUGAAAAAAAUAACAAUACUUGACAAUUUUAAAAUUUUUACUUAUAUAUUUUGUCUUCAUCAAUUAACAUUUGCAAUCUAAUUGUAUAUUUAAUACCAUUUGUUUAUAUGAGCAUCAAAUUCAUGUCCCUUGCAACCAAACAUCACUCAAAUGUGUGCUUCAUAUUUUGACUCAUUCAGCUGUUUUAAAUUCUGUUAGAUUCUAUUUGAUUAUAGAUCGUUUCAAGCUCACCUGGCCCAUCAGCUUUUCCCAUCACUUUGCGUCCGGCGUCUAUCGUCGUCGUCGUCGUCGUCCGUCGUCGUUAACUUUUACAAAAAAUCUUCUCCUCUGAAACUACUGGGCCAAAUUGAACCAAACUUGGCCACAGUCAUCAUUGGGGUAUCUAGUUUAAAAAUGUCCGGUGACCUGGUCAACCAACCAAUAUGGCCGCCAUGGCUAAAAAUAGAAUAUAGGGGUAAAAUGCAGUUUUUGGCUUAUAACUCAAAAAACCAAAGCAUUUAGAGCAAAUCUGACAUGGAGUCAAAUUGUUUAUCAGGUCAAGAUCUAUCUGGCUGAAAAAUUUCAGAUGAAUCGAACAACCCGUUUUUGGGUUGCUGCCCCUGAAUUGGUAAUUUUAAGGAAAAUUUCCUGUUUUUUGUUAUUAUCUUGAAUAAUAUUUUAGAUAGAGAUAAACUGUAAACAGCAAUAAUGUUUAGCAAAAUAAGAUUUACAAAUAAAUCAACGGACCGAAAUGGUCAGUUGACUCCUUUAAGAGUUAUUGCCCUUUAUAGUCAAUUUUUAACCAUUUUUCGUAAAUCUUAGUAAUCUUUUACAAAAAUCUUCUCCUCUGAAACUUCUAGGCCAAAUUAGACCAAACUUGGCCACAGUCAUCAUUUUUGGUAUUUAGUUUUAAAAUUGUGUCCAGUAACCCGGUCAACCAACCAAGAUGGCCGCCAUGGAUAAAAAUAGAACAUGGAGGUUAAAUGCAGUUUUUGGCUUAUAACUCAAAAACCAAAGCAUUUAGAGCAAAUCUGACAUGGAGUUAAAUUGUUUAUCAGGUCAAGAUCUAUCUGCCCUGAAAUUUUCAGGUGAAUCCAACAACCUGUUGUUGGAUUGCUGCCCCUGAAUUGGUAAUUUUAGGGAAAUUUUGCUGUUUUUGGUUAUUAUCUUGAAUAUUAUUAUAGAUAGAGAUAAACUGUUAACAGCAAUAAUGUUCACCAAAAUAAGACCUAAAAAAAAGUCAACAUGACCAAAAUGAUCAACUGACCCCCUAAGUAGUAAUUGUCUUUCUUAUUCUUAUUACAAACCCGGUAAUAAGUCUAACUCGGUAGGUCACAUUCAUGAAAAGGGAACGGGAUUAUAGUUACGACUUGAGGAGUAAACUUCAGAAUUCAUUGGCAUACUUUUUAUGAUAUAAGUGUAUAAUGUCCUGUCCAUUGUUGAUUUAAUACGAUACAGGGUCAACUCAUGCAAUACACCAUUCAUAGUAUAAUUUAGUUCAAUAUUAGAGAUACUUUUACUGUUACUGCUGCUUUUAUGUUAUGGAUAUAUUUUUGCCUAAAAUUUAUCAAUAAAUUGAUAUAUUAUGUA